AUGACAGGGGCAAAAAGGAAAAGAAGUGCCGUCUGGAGGAAGAUCCAGGCUGUUCGCUUUGAGGAUGUCAAAGUCUGGUGUAUGAGAAGGCUUCCCAUCUUGAAAUGGAUGCCUGUCUACAAUUGGAAGGAAAAUUUGAUUCCUGAUACGGUUUCUGGGAUGACGCUAGCCGUCCAACAGGUGACUCAAGGGCUGGCCUUUGCGGUUCUGUCUUCAGUCCAUCCAGUUUUUGGUUUAUAUGGCUCUUUCUUCCCUGUCAUUAUUUACGCCAUAUUUGGAAUGGGACGUCAUGUUGCAACAGGAACUUUUGCCUUAACUUCCUUAAUAUCUGCCAACGCAGUUGAACGCCUUGUUCCUUCAGUCAGCACUAAUUUCACUGCAAACACUAAUUCAGGAGUUUUGGGCCUAUCGGAGUUUGAAAUGCAGAGGAUUGGAGUCGCAGCAGCAGUUUCAUUUCUAGGCGGAAUCAUUCAGGUAGCGAUGUUUAUGCUGCAGUUGGGCAGUGCUACUUUCUUGUUGACAGAACCGGUGAUAAGCGCGAUGACAACAGGGGCAGCUACACACGUUAUGACUUCACAAGUGAAGUAUCUGCUGGGAAUGAAAAUGCCAUAUAUAUCGGGACCACUGGGAUUUUUUCAUAUUUAUGCCUACGUAUUUGAGAAUAUCAGAUCUGUUCAGUUGGAGACUUUACUUCUCUCCUUGCUGAGUAUUGUGGUGCUUGUUCUUGUUAAAGAAUUGAAUGAGAAAUUUCAGAGAAACAUUAAAGUUGUUCUUCCCAUUGAUCUAGUUUUGGUAAGUAUAAGAUCAAACAUCAAACUUUUUGCUUUGCAAAGCUUUCAGUGGUUCAACUGA